AUGGCGGGUGUGGGCGCCGGGACGGGCGCGUUGGGCCCAGUCAUCCUCAAGCUCGCCAUCUUGCUCGGCGAUGAGUACACCAUGCUCAACAGGGUGCGCAAGGACAUCGCGUUCCUUGAGCGUGAGCUCCGGAGGAUGCAGAUCCUGGUAAAUGUGUUGGCCGACAUGGAGGGGCUCGACAAGGUUGCCAUGGACUGGAAAGGCAGCAUGCGCGACCUCAGCUACGACAUGGAAGAGUGCAUUGACCGUUUCAUGCUCCGCCUCAACAACGACGAAGCCAAGCCCAGCUUCGCCAAGAGGACUGCGCGCCACCUCAAGACGUUGUUCACACGACAUGGUAUCGGGACACAGAUUAAGGAGCUCAAGGCCCGCGUCACGGAGGAGAGCGAACGCCGGCAGCGACUGAAUCUCGACAACUACGUCCCAACGACGACCGAGGCAAUAGAUCCCCGGCUAGCCGCGUUCCAUGGGGUGGCCAAGGGCUUGGUGGCCAUGGACGGCCGCAGGGAUCAUGUUGUCUCUUUGUUGAUGGAGGAGAGUGUGGAGCUGAAGGUGGUGGCCAUUGUUGGAGGUGGAGGGCUUGGAAAGACCACACUUGCCAUGGAGGCCUAUCGCGAGAUUGGAGGAGAGUUCCAGUGCCAAGCUCAUGUGACGGUGUCACGCACCCUUAAUCUCAAGAAGCUCUUAAAAGAUGUCCUGUCUCAAAUAGAUGCAGAUGCAUAUAGUAAAUGUCAGUCGGAGAGGUGGGAGAAGGACCAACUAAUUCGUCGAAUCCAGCAGAUCUUGACAGAAAAGAGGUACUUACUUGUUAUUGAUGAUAUAUGGAAAGAACAAGACUGGAAAAUUAUCGCAGCAGUUUUUCCUAACAAUUAUGAUGGUAGCAGAAUAAUUGCUACUACACGCAUUGCCAAUGUAGCCAAGUCAUGUUAUUCUAACUCUCGUGGUCAGCUCUACCAAAUGCAACCUCUGAAUGACGUUGAUUCUCGAAGAUUGUUCUUUAAGAGAAUUUUCAACUAUGACAACUCCUGCCAUCCUCAACUAGAAGAGGUUUCAUCUAGGAUCCUAAAAAAAUGUGGUGGUCUGCCAUUGGCUAUAAUUACCAUUGCGAGUUUGCUAGCUAAUAAACCUCAAAACCCAAAUGAAUGGGAGAGACUCCAAGAUUCCAUUGGUACUGGUCUUUCAUAUGAGAGUGAUGAUGAAGGAAAAGGUAUGACACAUAUAUUGUUACUUAGUUAUUGGGAUCUUCCACACCACUUGAAGACUUGUUUGUUGUACUUAUGUAUAUAUCCAGAGGACUGGUAUAUCCGGUGUGAAGAACUGAAAUUAAAAUGGAUAUCUGAAGGAUUCAUUGCUACAAUACGGGGAAAUUUAUAUCAAGAAGCAGAGAGCUAUUUUAACGAACUUGUCAAUAGAAGCAUGAUCCAGCUAGUAUAUGAUGAUCUUCACGGUUAUGGUUUUCAGCAAUAUUGUCAGGUUCAUGAUAUGAUGCUUGACCUUAUAAUAUCUCUGUCAGAUGAAGAGAACUUUGCCACUGUUUUAAAUGGUGUUUGCAGUUCUUUGCCAAGCAAGAUCCAUCGAAUCUCCCUCCAAUCUAGUAGGAAUGAACAACAAGGGGCACUCCAAGCCAUCACACGAAGCAAGCGACAUGUUCGCUCACUAAAUGUGUUUGAAGAAACAAAGCAUAUGCCCCCACUUGAGGACUUUCAGUCUUUACGGGUGCUUGAUAUAUGUGGGGACUAUUGGUUGUGGGAAAACAAGCAUAUAAGAAAUAUUGGAAGUUUCUAUCAACUGAGGUAUUUGAGAAUUAAGUCUGGAGGAAUCACAAAGCUUCCUGAAGAUAUCGGAAAGCUACAGAACUUAGAGACUCUCGAUUUGCGGGACUCUCGAAUUAUAGAACUGCCAUCAACUACAGCCCGACUACAGAAUUUGGUGCACUUAUUUGUUUGCAAUGACUGUGUGUUGUCUGCAGAUAUGUUUGGGAGCAUGCGAGCCCUGGAGGAAGUGUCAGAUAUUUGUAAAGUUGACAACCCUGAGAAAAUUUUGGAAGAGCUUGGACAUCUAACAAAAUUGAGAAAGAUUACGAUGACUGGAUUAUGGACUGAAUUCCAUCAAGAAAAGCUGAGGUCAUCUCUGAAGGGGUUGGGCAAUGGAAGUCUUCAAUAUAUUUAUACUUUUGGAGAAAUAGGAGAAUAUAUGUUCAGGGAUCCAUGCUGCACCUUUCCGCACCUUCAAAAUCUUAAACUAGAGGGGCGCAUGAAAAGUGUUCCCAAGGGAAUGACCUACCUAACCAACAUCCUCCAAUUAGACAUAGCAGUCAGACUAUUUGAUGAGGAAGGUCUCCAUAUUCUUAUGGGUAUGCCUUCUCUGCUCAAUCUCCAGCUAGAAGUCUGGGAUCAGUCGGCUGGCGUCUUGACUGUAGGUAGUAACGGAUUCAAGCUGCUAGAGCUGUUCCACUACACAAUUAGGGCACCCAAAACAACGGGUAUAAAGUUUGCAGCAGAUGCUAUGCCAGCACUCCGAUGGCUCUAUCUUUGCUGGAGAGCCUAUCCUGUCGCGUUCUGGAAUAGUGACGUUGCUGACAUGGGUUUCGAGCAUCUUUCAAGCCUCGCUGACCUCCGGGUCGAAAUUGAUUGUUAUCAUGCAACUCUGGACGGGGUGGAGAUUGUGGAAGGUUUCGUUGAAAAAGCAAUCGCUUUGCAUCCCAACCAUCACAAUCUUCAGCUCCGUCUCCGUAGAGUAUGUGAAGAUUUGAUUAUAACUAAUGAGGAGAGGGAAAAGAAGGAGGAGGAGGAAAGGCGUAGGAGAGAAGGUGACGGGUUGUAA